AUUCACACCUGUAGCAGCAGAGCCUGAUGCAUUUAGAGUUCAGGCAUAUUUGCUACAUCUUGCCAUUGGGUGAUUUCACUGCUCCUUUUCCUCCCUGCAAAGUUCCCUUCCCGUGACAGUUUUCAGCUGGGCAAUCCUGAAACUCAACCGAUAAGAAGGAAGUUAGGUCUAAUGUGGAAGAGACUACAUUAAAAUGUGGGUAUUUUGGGGGGUGGGGUGUGGUUUUCCAUCUUCUCUCUUCUUCCCAUCUCCCCCCAUAGGGUGUAUUGGAGAUUAACUUCUUCCACCCCCGCCCAGGUUCAACCCCCACUCUGCCUUCCUCUCAUUUCCCACCCUCUUCCUCCCCCACCCCCCACAGUGGGAUGGAACUGAAACUUCUGCAAAUUUGCCCAAAUGUAUAAUGAAGAUCUUUGUGGAAGAUGAGAUGAAGCUGAUGCUGCAUGGGCUGCAGCAGUACUAUGUGAAACUGAAGGACAACGAGAAGAACCGGAAGCUCUUUGACCUUCUGGAUGUCCUCGAGUUCAACCAGGUGGUGAUCUUUGUGAAGUCUGUGCGGUGUUGCAUUGCCCUGGCCCAGCUCCUGGUGGAGCAGAACUUCCCAGCCAUUGCCAUCCACCGAGGGAUGCCCCAGGAAGAGAGGUUUUCUCGGUAUCAGCAGUUUAAAGAUUUUCAAUGACGAAUUCUGGCAACCCACCUGUUUGACCGAGGCAUGGACAUUGAGCGGGUGAACAUUGCCUUUAACUAUGACAUGCAUGAGGGUUCUGACACCUACCUGCACCAGGUGGCCAGACUAGGCCAGUUUGGCACCAAGGGCUUGGCCAUCACAUUUGUGUCAGAUGAGAAUGAUGCCAAGAUCCUCAAUAAUGUGCAGGAUCGCUUUGAGGUCAAUAUUAGUGAGCUGCCUGAUGAGAUAGACAUCUCCUUCUACAUUGAACAGACGCGGUAGAGGACUUACCCACCCAUUCUGGAAUGUGACAGCUGUCCUUUCUCAGGAGAUGACACGAGGUGUGGAGGUGAAGGAGACACUACUGCCACCUACCCCUGACAACUCCCACCCCCUACCCCAUGGUUUCUCUCUUUUAUAUCACCACUACUCUUAAA